AUGCUGGCACGAUUCUACUCAUCAACGCCAAUCAGGCCUAAGUCUCAGCCGCCAUCUCGUCAUGCAUUGUUGUACAGCAGGUGGGCGAGGCCGGUAGGUAAGGUGCUAAUGCUAAGCAUCGGAUCGUAUUAUUCGUUAAUGUAUCUCUGGGAGUACUUGGAAAAAAAAGAGCUGGAAUAUGAAAAGUUAAAUAGAGUCUGA